GCAAGAUGGAUCUCCGUUCGUAUCUUCACUUACACGUUGAUGCUGUCUCCUCUCUCCCAGGUAAGAGGCUUCAGUUAUGGUGUCCUCAGAGCUUGAGCCUCCUCCCCAGCCAGUCUCAGCAUCGUGGUCAUGAGCCUGGCCCCAAAUCCAGCACCCAACACAGUAUCCUAUGCCAUCCCAAUCACUGGGGACGUCUUGCUGGUAGGCCAUGGUUGAAUUAGGGCCCUCUUUGCCGUUCGUUGUGAAGAUUUGCGAGACUUUGAGUCAAAUGUUUGUCUGCCUCUGUAGCAUGGAAGCUGCUGUCAUUAUCCCACCAAGAUGGAGACAAACAAGAACUGGAGAAGACACACCUCUCAGCCUCCUUCUGCGCUCCCUUUCCCAAUGACACCCUGGGGAAUAUGCCUGCGAAUUUCGGAGAGACUGGAAAAAUCAUGGAACGUCUGCGCCAGCCAAAUAGAUUCAUUCUUGCCAAUGUGAACCUCUCGACAUGUCGACGACUAAGCGCUUAUGUCGGCGACCCAUUUCGCACACGUCUCGGCAGGAUACACACAGAGAAUGUUCAAAAGGUUCUGUCACAUUGCAAGAUCUUCAUCUCGCAGUCAACUCCCUUCAUAUUGUGUCUUCAUAUGUGCGGGCCUUGUCCUGACUCUGCGAAAUCAAUCUGCUGGAGAGCCACGAAAGUCACCUUCAUCUUAUCUCUGAGAUUGUCAUCUACUGGCCACAGGUGCCUCGUUCACGAAAUGUCUCAAAUCAUGCUGCAAGAAGACAUGGUGGCUCGCCCUGCUUUCCUCUCUCGGAUCUUCUCUUCUAAAGGUCGAUUCUACCGCACCAUGUCGCCAAGGGUCAGCGUCGAUGGUGAAAACUCCAGCACGACUUUGAAAACAUUCAUCUCAGUUUUCAACUCGUCUCACAUCUCCAGAAUCACUCUUAAGGACAGACUCAGACAAAUCAUUAUCCAAGGCGCGUCAAAGGCCUGGAAUCCAUCAUCCUGCUCGAUCAGCCCACAGAACCUAUUCAAACAAGACUUCAAGCCCGCCGAUCCAGCUCCCCAUCUCUCCUCUCACACGUCUUCACUCGUCACCACUCCACUGCACUCAGUACAGGUGUCCUUGUCGGCGUUCCUCUCAGACACAGCAACCCCUUCCUCAACAGUCACCCGAUCCAACAUCUCACAUAUCUCCGACCCCUCUUCAUCUCACGACGAGAUGUGCUUCAAGUACAAGUGCGACGCGUGCGAGAAGGCGAGAUACGACUUCUGCCAAAACUACCUCCAGAACCAGGAGGAGCGCAAGUGGUGCGACGUUGCGGUGGAGGAGCCCUGGGGUGGCAUGCUUAAACGCUGCCAUACCUGCACCACGAUCACCGGCGCCAUCAAGGAGUUGAAGGCGCUUGUCUUCCGCGAGCCAUGGCUCGUGACCGAGGGAAUGGCGGGCGCGCCAGAGAAGGCCGCCUGGGAGAAGGAGGGGGAGGAGGAGGAGGAAGCCGUCGGGGGUGUUGUCGUCGUCGACGACGACGAUGACGCCACCCCCGAUGGCUAUACGAAGGAGGAACGGGACCGGGUGCGGCGUGAGGCCGAGGAGGCCGUCAUGCGUCGCUGGGGGUUGAUGCGGGCGGAGCAGGCCGCGGAGGGGGAAGCCAAGGCUGAAUAG